AGAUCUUUGAUUUGUAGCUGAAGGAAUCAGAAUCAGUGACUCACGGGGAAGGUUCAAGCAGGUUUGUCCACAACUUCAAAGUGUUUGCAUUGCCUGUGUGGGUGAAGACAAAUGCACAUUUCCGUCUGAGUACUCGCAUUGGAAGGGACUCAUGUGAGACAGUCGCUGCCGUCAUGCUCGCUUUCUGCCUCAAUCUCCAGGUUUUUCUUUGUCUUUACUGGACAGCCCUGACUGAUGCAGAAGUUAAAGGAGUGCAAUGGAAGAAGUCUGGGGAGUCCGUCACCAUCCAGUGCAGAUCUUCUGGCAAACAACAACAACUGGCUUUGAAAAAAGGCCUCAAAGAAGAAUUUCAGCUUUUUAACACCGAAGCAGCAUCAGCCAAAGAGGUGACUGCAAAAGAAUACAUCGAACGACUGCAGACACAUGGAGAAUUUCCCAACAAAGAUAUUCUCAUAAAAAACCUGUCUCCAAAUGACACUGGGCCUUACUGGUGCAUAUACACAAAGGUGGACUCUCACGCAAACAUAGAGACUACAAAAGGUGAAGGGUCUGUGCUCCUGGUGGUCACAGACCAUGCAGGAGACAAACAGGUGGCAAAGGAUGAACCGAAAGCGUGUGAUUCGUCAAACCAGGAUCUGAUCAUGGUGUGUGUUGUUGUCAUUGGCGUUGUACUGCUGCUCAUCAUCAUGUCCUUCCUCAUAUGGAUCGUUCGCAAGAAACAGUCAGGGAACGGAGCGGAGAAACCAAGACGCGUCGCCACCAAUGAUGUUUACGAGGAGAUGCGAGGAACUCUCAGACCUUGAGGUCGCCAUCGCUGCACGCAGACGGUAUGAGCUCUGUAACCACCAGUGCACCAAAGUGUUGCAUGUGAAGCAACGUGGCAACUCAGCAUGUUCUUCCUGAGCGCCGUCUCUCCAGCCCCGGGCAGCCAGUCAGCCCAGAACUGUGAGGAUCAUAAUGAAACUGACUGAGGGAAGAUGAGUCAGCUUCAACAAAAAUGUCCAUCUCUGCACAAAUGUUCACGUUGGAAUGCAUCACGACGGCCAUCCAAUGUGAAAACAUCUUUUCUCAUCUUUAUGUAUAAAGGUUAUGGAAUAAUGUUCAGAUGAACUGAGAUUUUAUUCUAAUGCUAUGCAAGAUAUAAUACUGUGUACAUAUAUAUAUAUAUAUAUAUAUAUAUAUAUAUAUAUAUAUAUGUAUAUAUAUAUGUAUAUAUAUAUAUAUAUAUAUAUAUAUAUAUAUAUAUAUAUAUAUAUAUAUAUAUAUAUAUGUAUAUAUAUAUAUAUAUAUUGUUGUAAUCUGUCUUUUAACAAAAUCAAGAUAGUAAUUUUGUGAUCUUGGAUGUAUUUUUGAAAUAUUUGCUUGUUUUCUACUGCAGGCUACAUGUUUACCAAUUACACUUAUUCUCAUAAAAACCGCACUGAAGGCUUUAGAAGAUUAACAUAAAGAAUAUAUAGGAAUCAAAGUAGCUAUUACUAUAUUAAAAAAAUCUAUAUAUAUUGUUCUCUCAUAUUGUAUUUGCAUUGUAUACAUCUACAAUCUCACACACAUUAUUGUUUUUUUUUUUUUAACAUGAACAUGAAUUCAUGACAAAUAAAGAAAAUAAAUGCAAUUAAUGAUGAAUUACUUUUCAUCAGAAAAAUGACCAUAUAUGGUGACGACUGCAUCUCUUCCUGUUGUUUCCAGAUUAAUGAAGAAAUUUCUGUCACUGAUGAAUUAGCUGUGCUAAGCAACAGGACUGCUGUUUGCUUGCGUGAAGUGACUGCAAUUGUUUAGUAUUUCUAGGAUUCCUGACGGUUUUGUUUUGUGAAAAUGAAAAAGACACCAGAACGUGUUCACUGCAAAAACAUGCGAAAUGUCCAUUUGCACUUGUGCUUAACUGGACUGUAAAAUAGGCAGAUUAAUUGUCCCAUAUGGUUUAGCCAAUAGCACAAUAUAAUAAUAAUGAACAGUAGUUCUAAGAAGUGUAGUCACAAACUUUCACAUUGAUUCAGUCGCAUUAUAUUUCUAUUGUUUAACUCUUGAAGCUAAAAAUUGUGUAGAAUUGAAGAUUUUGUUCAGUUUCACACACAAGUUACAAAAUAACAACAAAAAUGUUUUUCAACAUUAUUUAAUGUAAUUAAUUACAUAAAAGCAAUUAAAAAAAACCCAUCACUUGCAUUCAAGCACAGGAAACACAGCUUGAGUCAACAUCAGGAUUAAAAAAAAACUCAGCAAAACAAGGAAACAUCUGUAUUCUGCAUGCAUGCAAGAUCAGCGUACACCAUACAGCGUGUGGUCACAAACUGUGAACAUGUUUUUUCUUCACCAAAUAAGGUCCAUGAAGUGUGACAUGUCGUGUUUGUGGGGUAAAUGUUAGAACUCUGUGGUGUGAGCUGUUGCCGUGUGGUUCCUCUGCACCGCCGAGACGGGCGCCGUGCCUGUCAGAGGUCCAGCACCGAGUGGAGCAUGAGACGAGGCGAGUGGUCGCAGCGACAGGAAGAUGAGACCCCCUUAAAGGAAGAGACAGGAUAAGCGUGUCUGCAGAGAUCAUCUCGCAAACCACGAGGUUUUGUAAUCGCUCCUUCAUUUGUGUCAGUUCGGUGAACUUUACACAAAGCGGAGGAAACUCUCGACUGACUGCAGCAGUUUCCAAACAUGCCAAAACUUGUUACAGGAAGCAUCAAAUCAUACGAGGUUAAGAACUCAGGCUCCAAAAAUCAUGUGUAGCAGCAAGAGAUAAUAAUCUGUUUCAGUUUUUACACAGCCGCCACGUCUGACGAGGCCUGUCUAUUUAACGUGACCUUUGACACGCCUCACCGUCUGCCUAAUUGCUCGUAAUCAAAAAUUAAAAAGUUGUUUUUCUCUUGA